AUGCUUGAGAAAGUGUUAGCAAGUCAGACGAACACUGAAAAGACAUUAUCUGGGCUUUCAGAGACGGUGGUCUCUCAUUCAGCAGCUAUUCAGAAUCUUGAACAGCAGAUGCGGGAUCUUUCCAGAGAACAACAUCCUGCUAGAAAAGGAGGGCUUCCUAGUGAUACCAUUCCAAACCCGAAGAAUGGUGGAGGAGUGGAACGUACUUUUGCUAUUAGCACAAGGAGUGGUAAAAUACUUCAAGGUGCUGACAAGAAGGUGGUUGAUCUAGAGCCAAUUAUUGAGGAAAAAGAGGUGCAUUCUGAUAUGCCUAUUAUUGAUGAGGAAGUCCGUGGUGAAGAAAAAGUUACUAAUAUUCCAGAGGUUGCUGCUGAUACGGGGAAACACACGAUUAAAGGGGCUCUUUGUCCUUUGACUCAGAUGUACAAAGCAAAGCCUCCCUUUCCUCAGAGGUUAGCAAAGAAGAAUGACGAUGCUAAGUGUCAGAAGUUCUAUGAUCAGCUGAAGCAGUUAACAAUAAAUUUUCCAUUCUUAGAUGCUGUCAAAAAGAUUCCCGGAUUCGCUAAGUUUGUGAAAGACCUGCUUAUGAAGAAAAAGUCUGUUCAACAUGAGACAGUGAAUUUAACUCAUCGUGUGAGUUCAAUUAUUGCUUCCACCACGGUUCAGAAGAAAGGAGAUCCAGGGGCGUUUACCAUUCCGUACAAUAUUGGGCUUCAUGCAUUCGCCCGUGCUCUUUGUGAUAAUGGGGAGAGUAUCAACUUGAUGCCCCUUGAUAUUUUCAAACAAUCCGGAUUCCCUAGACCAACUUCAAUGCGACUACAGAUGGCUGACAGAUCUAUCAAGAAGCCAGUUGGGGUUAUAGAUGAUGUGUUGGUGCAAGUGGGUAAGUUCAUGUUGCCUGCUGAUUUCGUAAUUUUGGAUUGCGCGGUGGAUAGAGAUAUUCCCAUCAUCUUGGGAAGACCGUUCCUUGCUACGGAAAGAGCGCUUAUGGACUCUAAAAAGAAUGAAAUAAAGUUCCGAGUGAAUGACGAAAAAGUGACUUUCCAAGCAAGCAAAGGGAUGAAGUUGCCAAGUGCUUAUGAGAGUAUCUCGGUUAUUGAUUCGUUCGAUGGGAUUGAUGAUCUUUGUUGA